CAUUUUAGAAGACCAGUUUUCAGAAAAUGUUGAGUAAUCCACAUUUUCUUUUCCCCUUUGAGUAAGAAUCUCACACUUGAGAUGUCACCUCCAACAGUGAAACUUAGUCUUCAAGUCUGUCAUGUAAAUGACAUAUGCUAAACACCAAAGUUGGGGUACUGAUAUUUGCUCUGAAUGAAGAAAUCAACACAGAUAGAGUUGUUUGCAAGUCUGUUUUCCCUGAAAAUCCUGCAUAACUUUUACAAAAUACACAGCUGAAAAGCAAUAGCUGCUUUGUUAUAGGAGAUGGACUGUACAUAAACUAUAGCAAAUCCACUGGUUCCACUACUAAUCAUUCUCCGACCUCCAUUUUCAUCAUCUUCCCCCUUACUGCUGCUUCAUGUAUGAAUCAAUGAGCAAUAUUAUGCAGUAUCUAUCAAUGAACGUACGUUUCUUCAUACUUAAACAUGGAACUACAUUCUUUCCUUGACAUGAGAUUACUACAUCUGCAAAGAAGUCUGAAAAUAAAGCAGCAUUGGAAGACCAAGAGUAACCUCAGCCAGUCUCCAGAACAUGGGAACAGAGAUGUGAGCAAAAAGGUUAUCUUGUAUAAACCCGUAGACCAUGGUUUGAAACCCAGUUUAAAUGGAAGUCUGGCAUACAGAUCUCUAGCAAUGAAAAUGAAUAAUAUUUAUUUUAUUGCUGGACUCCUUUUAAUGAUAGUUCAAGGCAGCUGGCAAAAUCCUCUUCAGGAUACGGAGGAGAAAUCAAGAUCAUUCAAAGCUUCCCAAUCUGAACCACUAGAUGAAUCCAGGCAGCUGAAUGAAGUAAAGCGUCAUUCACAAGGCACGUUCACCAGUGACUACAGCAAAUACUUGGACAGCAGACGAGCUCAGGAUUUUGUGCAAUGGUUAAUGAGCACUAAAAGAAAUGGCCAACAAGGACAGGAGGACAAAGAGAAUGACAAAUUCCCGGACCAUCUCUCAAGCAAUGCAAUUUCCAAGCGUCAUUCCGAAUUUGAGAGACAUGCUGAAGGCACCUACACCAGUGAUAUCACCUCUUAUUUGGAAGGUCAAGCUGCCAAAGAAUUCAUUGCUUGGUUAGUGAAUGGACGAGGAAGAAGAGAUUUCCCAGAAAAAGCUUUAAUGGCUGAAGAAAUGGGCCGAAGACACGCAGAUGGCACUUUCACAAGUGAUAUCAACAAAAUUCUGGAUGAUAUGGCUGCCAAAGAGUUCCUAAAAUGGCUGAUUAACACAAAAGUUACCCAAAGAGACCUUUUGGGAGAAUAUCAAUAAGAAUGCAGGAUAAAAAUGGGAUAAAUGAAGAUCUUCACUGCCUGAAUUGCCAGCUACAAAGAGAUUCUGAAAUCUAUAUUGUCAUUUACAUUGGGUGUAACAAAGCUAUGUCACCUUGCAUGCCAGGAAAUAAUUGUAGUUUCAUUUAAUGUUGCCAAAGGAUUAUAUAUGGAAUACCUAUCAUCUAAGGGAUGGUUAUCAAAAUAGUUUUAAGAUUAUGAAAGUUCCACUUCUUUAUAUUUUCCAUUUAUUUGGACUGAAAUAACUCCAUUUAUAUUUACUUAUGAAAUUAUUUUUCUAAAAAUUGAUUUAUGCACGCAAAUGAUUCAAUCACCAGUUAUUAUCUAGGGCUGGCAGCUGUAAGUGUCUGAAAAGUGAAUAUCCCUGUUGAAACCUUUGUUAUAAAAAGGCUAAGCUUUAAGGAUAUUAAAUAAUAGCCUUAAAUAAAUUUUUUCAAGCUUCUUUUUUGUUGA